AUGGAAAAUAAUACGGAUAAAAAACCAACAAUCUUAAUUGUUGGGGCAGGUAUAGGUGGACUUUGUAUAUAUCAGUCAAUUCGAAAGCAUCUUGGUCAGAAAUUUAAUGUCAAGAUAUUCGAUCGUGAGACUGGUCCUCGAGACCGAUGGCAAGGAUACAACAUUUAUAUUAAUAGAAAAGGCGUUACCUCUCUAUUCUAUUGCACUCCGCCUGAAGUUCAAGCUCGCUUUCCCGAAGCUAUGCCUGAUCCAGCUCCUAAAGAACAUCAUACUAUAUCAAUUGUUGACCAUAUUGGAAAGCAAUUGCUUUGGAUACCACAACCAACAUAUAAGAGCGUUUAUGAAAUAGAGCCUCUUAAACAUGAUUUUGCUGGUAUAGUUACAUAUCGUAAUAGAUUACGCGAUAUUUUAUUGGAAGGUGUUGAUAUCCAAUGGGGUAAAAAAUGUGUUGGAUAUGAAGAAAGUGAUGAUGGCGUUUGGGUUCUAUUUGAUGAUGGAACCAGAGAAUUUGGUGUUUUAUUAAUUGGUGCAGAUGGAAUUAAUUCACCAAUUCGAAAACAAAAGGUUCCUAACUUGGAAAUAUUCAACCUUGGUGUAACCAGUGUCGACGUAGAUGUUGCUUUACCAAAAAAUUUGGCAGAAAAAUUACUGGCUGUUUACAAUUAUGCAUUAAUGCAAAAAUCUGUUGGUCUAAAUGGUGAUGCGUUUUUUUCAUUUAUGCGUUUUAUACCUAUCGAUCAAUCCGAUGAAUCUUACUACAGACUUGGCAUUGGAUUUCAUUAUCCGACAAUCCUCGACACCGAUGACUCAAAUAGUAAAUUAGUUGACGACGAUAAUCCUGAAUCUGUUAUGAGGCAUACAAUUUCAAGAAUCAAACAAUUACGUCCACCUUGUGAAUUAACAGAUCUGAUGGUUGAAAUAUUUUCAUUAGUUCCAUACUCUGAUCCAGGAAAAAAGUAUCCGUUUAGAACGUAUAAUCCUCCACGACGUCGUCCACUUCGCGAUAUUGAUCCAUUAUCUGUUUCACCCUGGAAAAAUGAUAGAGUUAUUUUGUUAGGCGAUGCAGUUCAUGCUAUGAAUCCAUUAUUAGGAUUAGGUGCAAAUAAUGCAAUACAAGAUGCUGAUCUGUUAACCAAGGAAUUACUUAAUUAUGUGUAUAAAAAUGAUGAUUUAUUUGCAUGCAUUCGACGAUACAACGAACAAAUGAGAGCUCGAUCAUCUAAAGAUGUUCAGUCAUCACGUAACACAGCACUAAGACAAAACGUUCCAAUUGGAAAAUUUGGCGAGAUUUUUAGAUUUAUGAUGCUUAGAGCUAUUAGUGCUCUCAUAUACGUUAUCGUAUUGAUUCAAACUCGUUCUUAA